AGUCAUACCGACCAUCUAUGUUGUCUCCAUAGUCUCCAUUAUCCCCUGGAUCAUUGUCCUCGGUAGGUAUGCAUCACCAGUAAUAAUGAGCCAAAAAGAGAGCUACCCCACGUUCUUCUCCACUAUUGGUAUAAACGAUUCCUAGAUGGUAACGGGUAAGGUGUAUUCUUUCCUGUCAUCCGCCUUCGUUGGGAUCCAGCUACUUGGAUACAUAGAGAAAGGGCAGAGUGCAUGUAGUAGUCGAGUAUAAUAUCAUUUCAACUCAUGCACUUAUUAACCUACUGUUCGCUCAAUCAUCGACUGCUAGCCAUCUCUCUAUUAUUCUCUACGUUGUCGUCCGGGAGUUACGUAGUAAGGUGCUUGAGCAAAGGACCACUUGCGAUAUUCCAAAAUGUCUCGACCGGAUCUAUCCGAGAAUCGCUCGAUGGCGAUCUUAAAUAAGGCGCGCGAGGGCGGCUAUGCUGUGCCGGGCAUGUGUUGCUAUAACAUCGAAUCGAUAAUCGCUACAGUUCGCGCGGCAGAGGCGGCCAAGUCUCCGGCCAUGGUCCUACUCUUCCCCUGGGCCAUAGAAUACGCCGGCGCAUCUCUCGUGCGCGCGGCUGCCGAUGCGGCGCACACGGCCAAAGUCCCCGUCAGUUUACAUCUAGAUCACGCCCAGACGCCAGAACUCGUUCGUCGCGCCGCAGAUAUCGAAGGCGCAUUCGAUAGCAUAAUGUGCGAUAUGAGCCAUUACGAAAAGGAAGAAAACUUGGCACUCACCCGUGAGCUGGUCGCGUACUGCCACGAGCGGGGGAUCGCCACGGAGGCCGAGCCGGGCCGGAUCGAAGGUGGCGAAGAUGGCGUAGCUGAGACUGCCGACCUAGAAGCGAUCCUCACCACGCCAGAACAAGCCGAGGAAUUCGUCGCGACCGGUAUUGAGAUGCUAGCGCCGGCCUUUGGCAACGUGCAUGGAGAAUACGGGCCGCGAGGCAUACAGUUAGAGUAUGGUCGUUUGCAAUCAAUCAAUAAGGCGGUUGGCGACAGAGUGCGCCUUGUCUUACACGGCGCCGACCCCUUCACCGAAGAAAUCUUCAAAAAUUGUAUAGAAGCUGGCGUCUCCAAAGUCAACAUCAACAAGGGUAUGAACAAGCAUUAUGCCGCCGUGCAGGAAGAGAUGCGCGGCAAGCCUCUCACGAGCGUCAUCGAGGCGGGUACGGACAGGAUGCAGGCCGCUAUAGAGCAGUAUAUGCGUUGGCUCGGUAGCGCUGGUAAGGCGUAAGGGAGGUAAGGAGGUAAGGAGGUAAGGAGGUAAGGGAUGUUGUGGGAUGUCUCCCGUUUAAAAGAAAUAAGCGAGUCUUACAGUACUAUCUAAAAAGGGGGUAGUCCGAUCCAUAAACAGAAGCUGACCGCCGUCCCAACCUCUCCACGUGCGUACUUCAUCAG